AUGCCGUUUGGUUCGCGCUUUUCGCUAGCUUAUCCGAAAUUACGUUUGGGUUUUUACACUAAACGCAGGCCGUGGGUCGACCCCUGCGGCCAGCCCGCGGGCCGCCGUUUCGGGUCCGCGCCUCCGUCAGCCAUUGCCGCGCUUCCGGACUUCCAAUUGACGGAGGAACUUCUUGCUUCCGGCGACACGCAGUGCCCUGUCUGGAUUGAACAUUUCAAGAUCGGGGAGGAGGCAAAGAAGCUGCCAUGUGAGCAUCUGUAUCAUAAAAACUGCAUUGUAACGUGGCUAGAAAAGUGCAACUCGUGCCCCGUUUGUCGUUUUGAGCUCAAGUCCUGCGAUCUGAACAACGAACGACAGAGCGGUGUCGGCGAUCCGCAGCCGGCAGUUUCUGGUGCUUUUGGUGCGGCGGGAUACAGAUGGCAGGGUCCGCCAGAGCGAUUUAAUAUUGAGCUGCGAUGGCCGAUUGGUUCAGAGAAUGGACAGGGAAAUAGUGGAAGUGGGAUCGUCGACGCUUCAGAACUUGUAAAAGAGGCACUUUUAAAGGCGGCAAGAGAAAAUGGCGACGGGUAAAACGGUUACAGUUACGGGUGUUGGUAUCUUGAAUUGCCAAAAUGUUCAUAUGCUUAAUUGUCCAUAUCACGAUCGUGAAUAAAUUAUUGUCCAUAUCACUCGUUUAUAUGUUCGGCUCGUUUAAUUUAUGAUUGAUUAAAUGAAAUUAUUCACGAUCGAUUAAUUUCAUUAAACCAAAAUUACAUAAGCAAACCCUCUGAAAAAAAAAAUACAAUCUACAAAGAAGUUACCAACCCGCU